AUGGAUCAGGGAAAGCCGCUCAUGAAUUUACCAGUAUUUCCUUCUUCUAAUGAGCUAGAAAUAAAUGAAGCUUCUGGUGGCUCAUCAGCUGAAGGAGAUUCCUAUAUGUUCGAGAUAGCUGAAAUUUUGGAUCAAGUUGAAGGCAAAACCGAGUCUGAAGAAGAUAAAGAUCAAGAAGUUAUCAUAGUAUCAGAUUCUUCUCAUAGAUCAAAAACAAAGGCAAGUAAACACAGAAAAUCGCUUGAUAUUUGCUCACCAUCUUCAAGAUUAUCAAGCUCUCAAGGUUUUUCAAAGUCCCCAUCAUUUCAAUCUGCGAGCAACACUAAUGAAAUUGCUUAUAUAAUAAUUAAAAUAUGGCGUCUCCACCUAGCAUGGCCUCCGGCCAUGCAGCUUCCGAGCACAUAUUUUAAUUAUAUCCGGCAAGAAAGAAAGAAAGAAUUACUUUAUCCCUAAAUUAUCCCAACAGUACUUCCAUCACCAUUCCAGAAUUCCCAAGCAAACUCCGAAAAAGAACUCCCAAUCACAACUCCCAAAACGAAUUCCCAAUCGCAACUCCCAAAAAGAACUCCCAAUCACAACUUCCAACAAAACUCCAAAAACUCCCACAACUCCCCGGAGCAUCGACCCCAAAAGAUCAGCAACCCAAAGAGCCAUUACCGGCAGUUUUUUCCGGGCAGCAAGCCCUUCCCCACGGAAGCAAACCUCCCGCGGCGACCUUUCGGCUGUCCGUCACGUAAGGAGACCAGCUGACCCGGUAUAUCCGGCAAGGUUUUGCCAUUCUGGAAAUGGGCAACAAUGCCAGGUAAGCAAUUCUGCAGGGCAGAGCCUAGUCCAUACUCAACCACCGGGAUGGAUUUUACCUCGUGAGGAAGGAAGGCACGGGCAGUUGGAAAGGGAAAGCCCAGCAAAAUCCUUAGGACCAAUCGGGUAACUCCCUAGCGUGGAACUGGGCGUUACGUCCCAGGCCACGUGUUCUCCCUUUUUGCCGAGAGUCGGCCAGAAAAUCCAUUUUUUGAAUUUUCUGAGCAGGCAACUCACGUCCCAAGAGAAGUCGCUCAUUCAUGAGCCGUCGAAGUCGGCGACGUCACCUGGAGCGCUGGGCGUCGAGUCGGGAGGCUGUGCUUUCAGAUCUCUACGUGCCAAGAGGUGGCGGUGGACCCCGGAAUGCCUACCCCAUGGGAGACGUUAAGCGUUAUAUCUAAUUAAGUAAGUAAGAAAUCGCUUAUAUAACGCAAAUCACUUCAAAUGAUGCAAUUAGAUCGAUUUAUUCAUUAGUAUCAUCUAAACUGCCUUUUUCUUGCAGUGCAAGUACAGAUUUUACUGAGAGGGAUAAGGCUGAAAUCCAAAAUUAUUUUCAAAAUAAAAAAUGCGAGUUCCAAGAUGCUCUAGAAAAAGAAAUUCAGCAUAGACCUUAUACACCAUAUGAAUCCCAUAAACUUGAAAAAGCAAAAAAAAUUAAUAAUAAAAGAGAGAAUAAAAUUGAAUUUAUUUCCAAAAAAAAUCAGGUUGAAGAAAUAGAGAGGAUACAAAAUGCUAAAGAGGUAGCUAAUUAUCAGUUUAAACAGAAAAUUCGGCAUAAAAUAAAAGAAGCUACCUUAAGAGCGGAAAAAACUCAAAAAAUCGAGCGGCAAAAGAAAAGAAAAGAAAUAAAGGUGACGCAUAAGCAAGAAAAGGAUUUAAUUAUUGAAAAUAUCAAAAAUUUCUACAAAGAUCGAAUUGAUUUAAUUAAAGACAAAAUUGACUCUGAAAAAAACAAGAAGCAAAGAGUUGAUUAUGAAGAAAGAGUCCUAUUAUCUCAACUAAAAAGGGAAAAUAAAGAAAUAAAAAAUAAAAUGCUUUAUGACAUAAAAUUAUCAUUAGAGCAAGAAAAAAGAAAUAUUGAUCGAAAUUUAUUGGAACUUGAUAAGUAUGAGGCAAAAAUGUUAAAGAAAUAUAAAUAUGUAAUUUAA